AUGGCUGUCCAGCAAAAUGGCAACUCCUUUCAAGCCAGAAGUUCAAAUCAUACGAGGUCGGCUAUGCCAAAAGAGGCGGGAAUAAAUGAUAAACAAGCACAUGAGAGGCUGGUGUAUUUAUUUGGGGCGGCCAUCGGUUUAAACAUCGUUGUUACCGUGAAAUCCGGAGAGAGAUUCGAAGGCUUGUUGGCUGGUUCGACUCUAAAUCCCGCCAACUCCAAGAUUGCAUUGAAGAUGGUUCGGAAGCUACAACCUGCGGCUGGAGGGCAGGUGAACGGAACUGCGACUCGGGAAGCGGCCUUGGUUGGCUCGAGUCCCGAGCAUGCAAUGAACUUUGAUGUGAAAGACAUAGCCGACAUGCUCGUUUCUGAAUUUUCUCCUCCCGAGAAUUCAAAGCCUGUGAAUGGUAUUUCUUCAGGAUUCCAGACCGAUGCCGACAUCUCAGGCAACCAGCUCCGCGGAGAGCGCGCACUCCAAAAAUGGGUUCCCGAAGGGCCAGACACAGCCGACCUUUCACUCGAGUCUGGGAACACAGGGAGUUGGGACCAAUUUACCGUGAACUCACAACUCUUUGGUGCUAGGAGCACCUAUGACGAGAAUCUCUAUACUACUGUCAUCGACCGAAACUCGCCCUCGUACAAACGCCGAGAAGCCGAAGCUGAGAGAAUCGCAAGAGAGAUUGAAGGCGCAGCCUCUGCAAAUCCCCAUGUUCGUGAAGAACGUGGUCAGGCGCUGGAGAAUGACGGCGAUGACGAGGAGGAGAAAUACAGUGGUGUUCGUCGAGAUGACAGCGCUUUUCCUUCCCUAUCAGUUGGGGGGCCGAACAAAUACACCCCGCCAGCAAGACGAGCACCGACUGGGCAAGUGACUAUUCCCGGUGUCCCUGUCGACCCUGCAAUUAUUUCCGCACAACUAUCCGCACCCGAUCCAAAACCUUCUGUCCAGAAUGCAAAACAUGGAAAAGAAGGAGUACCCGCGACAGGAAAAACACAGUCUAUUGCAACUGACAGAACUACUGCAGACCAAGACGGUGCAAACUCGGUGCGACCUACUGGGAAUUCCACUGCCACAGCGGAUGCUUCAGAGGCAGAAUCCAAAUCUGCUAACAAGGCUGUCUCUCAGGGCACAACCGAAAACGUGGAGGUAAAAGUCCUCAAUCAGUUCCGUCAGUUUGCCGACCUCGAGAAGCAACGAGUUGCAGAAAGAAGGAAAGCUCAGCAAAACCAAGAUCGGACAGCCAAAUUGAAUGAAUUACUUCGCUUCUCGAAGACGUUCAAGUUGAAGACACCCAUACCAAACGAUCUCAUUGGAAUUCUUGCUAAAGAUCCAGCGAAACAAGAGGCCAUUGUCGAAAAGGCGCAGAAGGAGCAUGCAGAUUCAGGUCCGGCAGCUGUCGACGUUUCAUCGGCACCAGCGACGAACAAUGUUGCUCGCAAACCCGACAUUGCACAGCCUCCACCUACCGUCCCCGACAGGCAGGUCUUCAACCGUGGUCGUGGAGCGUUUCCACAAAACGGGCGGUCAGAUCGACCCGGGAGCCAACAGCAACCGGCUGCGUUUCCAGCUCGAAAUAAUAAUGCUACAUAUCCCCCAAGAUUUGGCUCUCACCAGCCAGAUCGUAAGGGAACUCAACCUCACCACAUUCCUGCUCCGAUACCCAUCAUUGAGGGCCGGGUGCCUCCGACUGGACCCAUGGCCGACCAAGGCGGAUUGACGAGCCCACAACGAUCGAACUUACACACCCCAACCUCCGGUAUUUCGGGUAAAUUUAACCUGAAUGUGAAAGCUUCAGAGUUCCGACCUACUGCCGCUAGUUUUAAUCCCAGCGUUGGUACUCCUUCUAGCCCUGGCUCGACUCGCCGGGGAUCUAUCUCGAGAAUGGCCAGUCCUUCUCUAGUCUUUGGCAACCGCAAGCCUAAGCCUGCAUCUGAACGGCCAUCUAUUGCCGACUACUUCAACCCAAUCAGUCGGAUGAAAGAAGAAUUUGCGCCAAAGCCCACCCAAGGAACAGCAAAGACCGACGAGAUACACAAGGACUACAGUCCCAAUGGUGGAAUCCCGCAUGCGUUCCAGGCAGGACCGAGAUGGACAGUCAAGGCAGAGAAUGAUCAGAAGACGUAUGAAGAAGCUUUCGAACAGCAUACUAUGCCUGUCAUCUCGCCUGCACAGAGCCGUUCCGGGUCAAGUCAUCACGUUCCAUUUCCUGGACAAGGAGUUACGAUUCCGAAUACCCCUGCGAAUCUCUCACAUAUUGCAGCGCCACAGCACGCCAUGCACGCUGGACCGCAUCAAUAUCCUCAUCAGUACGACGAUGGCAACCACCGAAUGCAAUUUGGUACUGCGAACCCUAGCGUCUACCCUUCCCCCAGUAUACCAUCUCGACAAGCAUCUGCUUAUGCUUCCCCCAUGAUGCACCCUGCUCAGUUGGCAUAUCAGCAACAACCGUACUUUGGCACGCCAACUGGACAGAUACCGAUGCAGGGGCGACCUUUUACAGGCACCCCAGGGAUGAUGCAUGCGCAGGCGGGCCAGGUGGGCCCGCCGAUGAUGGUUCAACAACCUUCGAAUGGACCGUAUAUGGCUGUUCCUCAACAGUUCGGCCAUCAAAUGCCGAUGUAUUCCCCCAAUCCUGGUCACGUCUAUCCUCAGCAGAAUGGAGGCUACUCCAGCCCUGGUCGCGGGGCUCCUAUGAUGAUGCAACAAGGAUCGCAACAAGGCCACCCAGCGGCUCCCAACAUGAUGUACAGCAUGUCGAAUCAAGGAGGCCCAUCGGCUUAUCCGCAGCAACAGAUGGCUUUACCACGUGAUAACUACGGCAACACACAUCAAUAUAGAUCGAACCAACAUCAAGGUUAUGCCUUGCAACACAGGACCAUGAGCAGUGGUUAUGGACAGAUGCCGCAGAAGAUGCAUGCUCCGAUGCAACCGGGUCAUGGACCUUCGAUGAAUGGACCACCGCAAGGGCCAGCAUAUGGGCAGAUCGAAGGAGGCGCUGAAGAUGCCAAAUGA